CCCCUGUGCAAAACACCCCGAGCAUUCUCCCCGGUGUUUGGUCAGUGACCCCUCUCCCUCUUUCGCCCCGACCUUCUGUCGACCCCGGACGCCCCAGUCAACAAAGGACAAAUAGGGGAAAACAGCCUACUGACAAUCGCGUGCAUGCGCAGGUUACCCACUUGUCGACUUCGUCUUACCCACCCCCCAUCUCACUUCCUAUCCAUAUAACCAGCCAUGUCGCUUGCCUCUGGUGUUUCCAUUACCGACGAGUGCGUCAAUGCAUUCAACGAGUUUCGCAUGAGCGGCGGCUCCAAGGGUGAUAAGGUCAAGUUCAUCAUCUUCAAGAUCGCCGACAACAAGAAGGAGGUUGUCGUCGACACCGUCUCGCACGACCAGGACUAUGAGGUCUUCCGCACCAAGCUCGAGGAGUCCCGUGAUGACAAGGGCAAGCCCGCUCCCCGUUAUGCCGUUUACGACGUCGAGUACGACCUCGGUGGUGGUGAGGGCAAGAGGAGCAAGAUCAUCUUCAUUUCCUGGGUUCCCAGCGAGACCCCUACCCUCUGGUCCAUGAUCUACGCCAGCACCCGUGAGAACCUGAAGAACGCCCUCAACAUCCACACCUCCAUCCACGCCGACGACAAGUCCGACAUCGAGUGGAAGACCGUUCUGGCCGAGGCCAGCGGUGGCAAGGCUGGCAAAUAAACAACGGCGCCGGCUGGGCCCGGGCCCAGGUGACUUGGGCGUCGUGGCGGUCGUUUCGCGGAGUCUUCCGGAAGGACUAACUCACCCCAGGUCCCCUGCACCUCUUUAGUUCAAUAUCAGAUCGUUACGACUUGACUGCUUUCAUUAGUGACCGUAUCAUGUUGCAAUCGGGGCACUUUCCGUGAACGAGCGUCUGGGAGGGUUUUCCUUUUCUCUUUUCAGCGUUUGAG